AUGUCUUUGGGGAACGACAGGGAAUCCAAGAGAUUUUGUGUUCCUUCUUACCUUAGAAAGCUUAAGAAAGGAAAAGAGCUGCUUCAAAAGUCAACCUCAAUCACUGAAUCCGACAAUGGAAUUGAAAGAACUCAGCAGUUCACGCAAAACUUGGCCAAGUUUGGCAUCCUGGGGAACAACCCCAGUCAGCUCAUGCAGAAUGAAGAUUAUACGUCACAUCUAGUAAAUUUAUUCCAAGAGAGGCAACAGGUUGCCGGAAACCCUCCUUUAAGUAACACAGACUCAAGCUCCGCAAACGGAACUAGUAACGCAAAUGACGAUGAAGAACUAAUAAAUGAAAUUGAUUCACCAAUGGAGAAAAUGGUUUAUGAAGAACUAAUGUACAAAAAAGACUCUGUAGCAAUGUUACCCACAACCUGGAACAUACCUGGCACGAGUACGUUCACGGAGAGUGAGAAUGGGCUUAAUCUGUCUACCAAUUUUGAUCCAAUUGAGAACCCAAGGGCUCAUUCAGCUACAAGUAAUAAUGGGAGAUCAGCUACAAGAGCCGAUAUGUCUGUUCCUGUAGACUGUGGCAUUUAUUAUUACGAAAUCGAGAUUCUGGUGGGUCUAAGAGAGGCUGAUAUUUCACUUGGAUAUCUUCAAUACGGAGAGGAUUCUAGCUCAGCCAACAUCAGUAACGCUCCUGGGUUUGAGAACGGAACCUACGGUUACAACGGCAAAGAAGGUCAAAUAUUGAACUUAUCUAACUCGAUUCACACGAAGUAUGGAACGACAUUUGGUCUAAACGACACCAUGGGUUGUGGAAUCAACUAUUACACGGAAACCAUCUUCUACACAAAAAAUGGCGUUUUCUUGGGUGAUGCAUUUUACGGCAUAUCAUCAACUAGGGCACAUUAUCCAAUUGUCGGAAUGGGUGUAGGUAACCAGAUACGAACUAACUUUGGAUUCACUGGAAAUUUUCUGUUUGACAUUGAUAACUACGUCCAAGAUUUCUACAGGUCCUGCUUGAAAUACAUGACAAGCUCAAAUACGCUCGACUUCAAUGCUCUGAAUUGCGAUCUGCAAGAACUUAAAAUCCCAGCAGUUUUGUCUAAAGAUCCCUCGUAUUGCUUGAAUAAAUUGAUCCACAGUCAUUUCGAGAGGAAUGGAUGGCAGGAUUGCGUAGAUGAUUUGAGGGAAGAUACUAGUCUGGAGUUUGAACAGAGUAACACGGCAUACCCCAAGAUUGGUGCUAGAGGCAAGAUAAAGUCUCUCAUUGAAAGUGGUGAAAUUGACGAGGCAAUCGCCAAUAUUAAGCAACACUUCCCGCAGCUAGUUUCAUCAGUGAGUCUAUCGUUCAAUCUGAUGUUGUUAAAAUUGAUAAAUCUGGUAAAGAAAGACAAUGUAAAUGGUAUAAUAGCCUAUUCCAAAGAAUUAUUUUCCAAAUUUGAUACGAUUCCCCAAUUUGAUCGAAGGAUUAAAAACGUUUUAACUUUAAUCGCAUUCAAAGACCCAAUGGAUUCUAAUUACAGUUGUCUGUUGGACCCUAUUGAGAAUUAUAAAGUCUCAGAGUUGUUCAAUAGGUUGGCCAUAGCAUCAGUUUCCAACAACCAAGUCAAUCCUAAAGAACCAUUUAAUGAAAUACGAUUGAAGGCCCUGGAAAAAUUGAACAAAUUAGACAACCAUACGCGGAUAUUGGGAGACAAAGAUGAGUUUUUUGAUUUCUAG